ACUCUGGUUGUUACUUUUCACCAGCAAUCUCUUCUUCCUCACAGUGUCUUUACUAAUUACUUAUCCUCUCUCCUGUUCCACUUCCGUAGAGAGACGAUGAAGUACGGAAUAUAUUGGCUAGGGUUUACAUUUGGGGUUGUGUGUAUAUGCAACUCAAUCAUACAGAUUGCUGAUGCCUCAAUUCACGAGUAUCGAAACGAACCCUUCAUUCCUCAGUCAAAUGCUUUCUUCUUCCAUGGCGGUAGUGAGGGUCUCUAUGCUUCCAAGGUUCACUCUUCGUCCCCCAUCUCUCCUGAUAAACCCAACAAAGGCAAGUCCUUCAUAAGGUUUGAAAGUGUCAGCUUUGUGAGGACUAAAGAGUCCGCUGAUAAUCAGAAUGAAAUGCAGAGUGCGACUGGAUUGGUUGAAGCAAUAAUAGUUGAGGUAAAAGACAGGGAAAGUAUUGGAGGCUCUUUUAUAAAAUCUAAUGCAAUAUGUUGCACCCCAGAUCUUGCCCAUAAUAAAUCCUGCAAGCUAGGAGAGGUCAUUAUCCAUAAAAACUCAGACAACCCUGACUGGCCAAAACGCAUUCAAACCUUCUUUCAAGGACAGGGUCAGGAAGCUAAGAUGAAUCCUGAAUCAGUAGAGAUAAAAAAAACUGGAAUGUAUUAUCUUUAUUUUAUAUUUUGUGAUCAAGAACUCAAGGGCACAGUAAUCCGAGGAAUAACUGUGUGGAGGAACCCAGAAGGUUAUUUACCUGGGAAGAUGGCCCCUUUGAUGAAUUUUUAUGGAAUUGUGUCUUUAGCUUACCUUAUAGUUGGCCUGAUUUGGUUUAUACGGUGUGUCCAAUUCUGGAAGGAUAUCAUACAGUUGCACUACCACAUAACAGCAGUAAUUGCUCUUGGAAUGUGUGAAAUGGCUCUUUGGUAUUUCGAAUAUGCAAAUCUUAAUGCCACUGGAAGCAGGCCGAUGAGCAUCACAUUGUGGGCAGUAACCAUUAGUGCUGUUAAGAAGACUCUGUCUCGCUUGCUUGUUUUGGUAGUUUCUAUGGGUUAUGGUGUGGUGAGGCCUACCCUUGGUGGUGUAACCUUAAAAGUACUUGUUCUUGGUGUGAUAUAUUUUGUUGCUUCAGAGGUACUUGAGCUCGUUGAACAUUUGGGAAACAUCGAUGACUUCUCUGGAAAAACUAAGUUAUAUUUGGUGCUACCUGUUGCUUUCUUGGAUGCAUGGUUUAUUUCGUGGAUAUUCUUGUCAUUGUCCAAAACAUUAGAAAAAGUUCAGAUGCGGAAAAGCAUAGCUAAACUUGAGCUCUACCGAAAAUUUACCAAUUCCCUUGCAAUAUUUGUGCUGCUUUCUAUUGCUUGGAUUGGCUAUGAGCUAUACUUCAAUGCAAGUGACCCAUUAAGUGAGCUGUGGCGAAUCGCCUGGAUCAUUCCAGCCUUUUGGUGUCUGCUUGCAUUCUCUCUAUUGGUGGUGAUAUGUGUUCUAUGGGCUCCUUCACGUAACCCAACAAGAUAUGCAUAUUCAGGGGAGACAGGAGAUGACUUUGAUGAGGAGGCGAUCUCACUUACAAUUGGAGUGAAGGUGGCCAACGAUGCGGGAACACAGCUUGAAAGAAAGGAAAGGAAGGGUGUGUCGGGCGCAACAGAUCAUGUAAUUGGGCUCAGGGAAGAUCUUGAAGAGGACAAACGAGAAUAAGUGAUUAGCAUUAUUUGCCUAUGAAAGGGUGAACAUCUUUUUGAGGUAUUGUUUGUUUCUCUAAGAAAUUGCCUUUUCCACUGUUGUAGAAUCUAUGUUGAAUGUACAUAAGAGGUAUAAAAGGUAUAGUAGGAUCAGCUGUGUGAAGCUGAAUAGUAAAUCUUACUGCUGUUACUGUACUUUUCUGACCACUUUUAAGCUUAAAGCAAUAAAUAAAUAAAUAAAAAGAAGGUAAAUUAUACUUUGGUUUGCUCUUA